GCGCGCGGGCGGCGGUAAUCUGGUUCAGCACCGCGGACAGAGACACCGUCUGGACCGCGCUGCUGCCUCGGAACCUUGACGGAGACCCAGGAGGGAGAGGAGGCUCCACUUGGAGAUGAAGAGCUCCGUGAACCGAGGAGAGCGCGUGUCGGCUCCGUUGAAUUGAUAGAACGGCAUUUGAAGCAGAUUAAGUCCUCCGUGCAGCUUCCGGUCCGCGUUCAGGAGUCCAGUCCGCUCAAGUAAAACUAAAUCAAGUUUAGUUUAUUUUCUUCUUUAUUUUUUAUUUUGUGUGAGUAACAAGGACGGGCGGAGGGAGCCGAGGAGCAGAGGCUGUGCGCUCAGUCGGGAGCGCGCAUCACGCACUGCACAUCGGUCGGGUCCUGGAGUCGUGAGGAUGGAGAUCCGACCGGACAGGUUGAAGGUCGCGGCCGCCAGGACGCUCGGGAAGAUAUACGGAGCUCUUGAGAAGAAGCAAGACAAUGGCGAGACCAUGGAGCUGUCGGCGGGGGGCCGGCCGGAGCCGGUGGCGGAGAAGGAGAUGCCCGUGGUGGACUGCACCUGCUUCGGCCUGCCCAGGCGCUACAUCAUCGCCAUCCUCUCGGGCGUCGGCUUCUGUAUCUCCUUUGGUAUCCGGUGUAACUUGGGCGUGGCCAUCGUCAGCAUGGUCAACAGCCACACCGUCUUCAAAGACAACAAGGAGGUCAUCGUGAAAGCCCAGUUUGACUGGGAUCCAGAAACAGUGGGAAUGAUCCAUGGUUCCUUCUUCUGGGGAUACAUAGUAACCCAAAUCCCAGGAGGGUUCAUCUGUCAAAAGUUUGCAGCAAACAGAGUGUUUGGCUUUGCCAUAGUGGCCACGUCUUUCCUGAACAUGCUCAUCCCCGCAGCGGCACGGAUGCACUUCGGCUGCGUUAUCCUCGUCAGAAUAUGUCAAGGACUUGUGGAGGGGGUUUCUUACCCAGCUUGUCAUGGCAUUUGGGCAAAAUGGGCCCCGCCUCUUGAGAGAAGUCGCCUCGCCACAACGGCCUUCUGCGGCUCGUAUGCCGGGGCUGUGAUUGCCAUGCCGCUAGCGGGGAUCCUGGUGCAGUACUCGGGAUGGUCCUCAGUCUUCUACGUCUACGGAGCCUUUGGGAUCAUGUGGUAUUGCUUCUGGUUCCUGGUGUCUUAUGAAAGUCCAGCCGCUCAUCCCACCAUCACAGAGGAGGAGAGAACGUACAUCGAGGAAAGCAUCGGGGAGUCGGCCCAGCAGUCGAUCACGAAAUUCAACACGCCGUGGAAGGCCUUCUUCACCUCCAUGCCAGUGUACGCCAUCAUCGUGGCAAAUUUCUGCAGAAGUUGGACUUUCUACUUGCUUCUCAUCAGCCAGCCGGCAUAUUUCGAAGAGGUGUUUGGGUUCGAGAUAAGCAAGGUGGGCAUAGUUUCUGCACUCCCCCACCUCGUCAUGACCAUUAUCGUGCCCAUCGGUGGCCACAUUGCGGAUUAUUUGCGCACCAACCAAAUCAUGACCACCACUAACGUCAGGAAACUUAUGAACUGUGGAGGCUUUGGGAUGGAGGCCACGCUGCUGCUGGUGGUGGGCUUUUCUCAUACCAAAGUGGUUUCCAUCAGCUUCCUGGUCCUGGCGGUGGGUUUCUCUGGCUUCGCCAUUUCAGGUUUCAAUGUCAACCACCUGGACAUCGCCCCGCGCUACGCCAGCAUCCUCAUGGGCAUCUCCAACGGCGUGGGCACCUUGUCGGGGAUGAUCUGCCCUGUGAUCGUCGGCGCCAUGACGAGGCACAAGACGCGGGAGGAGUGGCAGGGCGUGUUCCUCAUCGCCUCGCUGGUUCACUACGGAGGCGUCAUAUUCUACGGCCUCUUUGCAUCUGGAGAGCAGCAGUCUUGGGCCGAGCCGGAGCAGACGAGCGAUGAUAAAUGUGGCAUCCUGGACGAGGACGAGCUCGCCAACGAGACAGAGGAGCUGUAUCGCACAGGCGGCGGCGGAGGAGGCUACGGAGCCAUGAGCCAGGGAGCAGAUCCCAACGGGGCCGGAGGAGGAGGAGGAGGAGGAGGAGGAGGAGGAUGGGUCUCUGACUGGGACAAAACGGAGGAGUAUGUCCAACCAGGAACCAAUCAUUACCUUUCUGAGGAGGGGAGGAUGGAGAGUCAACCUGCAGACCUUCUGCACGAAGCCUUCAGUGAGGAACAUCGACGGCGUGGAGUUUCAUCGGAUGGCGUGAAGAACUUUGAAAGUGCGCAAUAAAGCGGACCGUUGGGAGCAGAGUUGGGAGCAGAGUUGUAGUUUAACACCCUUCUCUGCUCUUCCAUUCGAGCAGUUACCCACCCAUGACUUUAGAGUAGAGACUGUGUCUGUCCCACGGCCACUUCAAUUAAAUAAAUUAAAAGUAAGCAGAA